AUGCCGACCUAUGAUGAUAUACUAAAAGAAAAAGAGAGAAGAAAGAAACGCAGUGAAUCUCAACAGCGUUGCAUUGCGAAUAAAGCCGCCAAAGAAAGCCCUGAAGAAACGAGAGCGAGGAAAGAGGAGAAUAAUAGAAGAAAACGGGAAAUAAAAGCAAUAAUGCAUGGGAAGGACCCUAAAGCAGAAGAAGCGGCCUUUCAGAAACGCAAGUUAGGUCAUCAGGUUAGACGUCAAAUGGAGAAGGAUAAAAAGGCGGCGGAAGAACAAGCAACAGGAUACGAGAGCAACGAUAGCCGCGAAUUACUUACAAGCGACAAUCGUUCUGUGGGCCCUGCACGCCCCGAAGGUCCUACUUAUCCUGACCCCCCGAGACAAGAUCAUAAUGCUACGUUUGCUAUGACUAGUAUGAGAAGUUCAGUACCUCCGACUAUCUCUACACAACCAGCAACCAGUCAUGAUCAUUCAUCGUCUAUGAGCGAUCCUCAACACUCAGCACAUACCAGUUAUCAUGAUUCUCGUCUAUGA